UCCACACUCACUUCACAACUCCUUCAACAGCAGUCCAACAGUCUCCUCUCCUCAACUCGACCACCACACCCCUCAAAACCCAGACAUCUCCAGACACAAUCGUGACCAUGAAGCUUGAAGGGUGCGUCGCGCUGGUGACCGGUGCCUCUGGGGGCAUCGGAAAAUCUACCGCCAUUGCCUUCGCCAAGGAAGGAGCCAAGGUGGUGAUUGCAGCAAGGCGCGAGGACAAGCUGAAGGAAGUGGCCGACGAAAUCAAGGCGGCCGGGGGAGACGUUGCGCUUGCGGUGGGCGACGCCUCAAAGGAAGCGGACUGCAAGAAGAUGGUGGACACGGCGAUCGAGAAGUUCGGCGGGCUACACGUGGCCUUCAACAACGCGGGCGUUUUCAGGGCGGUCCCUUUCGCGGACAUCACGGAAGAUACCAUCGACGACCUGCUCAACAUCAACGUCAAGUCGCUCGCCUGGUGCUUCAAGUAUCAGAUCCCUGCCAUGAAGAACACCGCAGGAGGAAAGGGCUCCAUCAUCGUCAACACCUCAUCCACGGCCUUGAGGACGACAGCCUUGCCGGGGAUGGCGGGAGGCGGCAUGUACUCGGCUUCGAAAGCGGCCGCGGAAAUGCUCAUGAAGUAUGCCGCCAUUGAGGGCGCGGCGUCGGGCGUGCGGGUGAACUCCGUCUCGCCUGGGCACGUGGAGACGCCCAUCUACGGCGAGAUGCCCCGCGAGACUCUGGUGGCCGUCACCGGAACCACGCAGCUUAUCGCGAGGCCCAUCAAGCCCGAGGAGAUUGCGAACGUGGUGAUAUUCUUGGCUUCGGAGGACGCCGCCAUGGUCACCGGCUCCACCUACACGAUGGACGGCGGCUGGGCCAUCAAGGCUUAAGCACCCGACGGCUGAGGCUUUGUUGGGGUACGGCAAGCAAGCAUGGAAACAGGGCGGUGCAAGGGAGAUCGAUCAAUCUUGUGAAGCCAGUCUUGAUGUUUGCGUUCAUCAAGCAACCUCGUUCGGCAUGCUUAUAUUCUAAGGGCGAGCGGAACGAGCCGGGUUAUGGACGGGUUGAUGCUUGUGGGCAGCU